UUUUAAACUUUGGAUGAUUAUGGAUUUGGAAGCUGGAAACUCCUUCAACAACACCAACAACAACGAAUUCGAGUUACAAGAUUUCAUUGAUGAUGCUAAGUUCGAUCAGUUCAUCGAUCUAAUCCGUGGAUCAGAAAAUGAAGACCCAGUUGCUAGUUUCGACUGUGACGAGCUUAUCAAUGGCAGUUUCAUUGAUAACGGCCAGUUCGGUCAAAACCCAGAAGGCAUAUUCGGUUUCGAUGCAAAAAUGGUACUCUCUGAUCCAACUUCUUUCGAUAUUACUUUACCAAAUUACGAUGGUGGAGAUUUGGUGUUCGAAGACAACGAGAAUGAUGGCGAGGAAUUUUCGUCUGCAACCACCACCACCACCACCACAACAACAACUCCAACAACAACAAAUACCGGAAAGCGGCCCAAGGUUGAUCGGUCAAGAACUCUGGUUUCAGAGAGGAGGAGGAGGGGAAGGAUGAAGGAGAAGCUCUAUGCAUUGCGGUCCUUGGUUCCUAACAUAACCAAGAUGGAUAAGGCCUCCAUAAUUGGAGAUGCUGUAUUGUAUGUACAAGAUUUGCAAGCGCAGGCUAAGAAACUAAAAGCUGAGAUUGCAGGGCUUGAAGCAUCAUUGAAUGAAGCAGAAAGAAAUCAAGAAUCAAGAGAGAAUACAAAGAUGAGGAAUGCUGCAGAUGCCAAACAUUUAGUGACCAAGAAUAUCUUUCAGAUGGACAUGUUUCAAGUAGAGGUGAGAGGAUUUUAUGUGAAAGUUGCUUGCAACAAUGGAGAAGGAGUAGCUAUAUCACUUUACAAGGCUCUUGAAUCUCUUACGAGCUUCAAUGUUCAGAGCGCAAACUUAGCCACAGUUUCUGAUAGAUUUAUACUCACAUUUACUUUGAAAGUAAACGAAUGGGACCAGGACCUGAUCAUCAAUUUGCCAAAUUUGAAGCUUUGGGUUACUGGGGCUUUUCUUAAUCAAGGAUUUGAACUUAAAAUCCCAUUUUCAGCCUAAAAUCUCUCUUUCUCUCUCUCCUUUCUUGUUAAUGUUAUCAUAAGAGGCAUGUACUUUGAGCAAUAUAUGUACAUGUAUAUAUAUAUAUAUAUAUGCAUCAGUUCAAUAUUAUAUAAAUUAAUAAGA